AUGGCAGACAACGUCGAGGGCCUCAUUGACGUCCCGCGCGAGUUCCUCAAGGACGGCGUACAGUUUAUCAACAAGUGCCAGAAGCCCGACAAGAAGGAGUUCAUCAAGAUCUCGCAGGCCAUUGCCAUUGGCUUCCUGACCAUGGGCACCGUCGGCUACGUCGUCAAGCUGAUCCACAUCCCCAUCAACAACAUCCUCGUCGGUGCCGCGUAA